UACUGUCAGUGCUCAUCUCCUCUGGCUAGAACUUCGCAACUAGUCACAUUCCAGUGUGAGAGGACAACAGGUACGAGGCUGGUGAAGAGAGGUAAAGUCAGAAGGGAUGAAAAACAGAGAAAAUUGUCAGCGAAGGAUGAAAAAGACAAAACAGUGAAAGGGAAGGAAAGCAAGAACACACCAAUGAGGAGACUAUGGAGGUUCAACUCUACUGGCUGCUGCUGUUGUUGGUCGACUGCCGUGGGCGGACUACAGGUGCUGUGAGUGACAUCAGUCCAUAUAUAAAAUAUUAUGAAGGCUUGUCGUACGACAGAGAAGAACUUCACAGAAAGCACCUGAGAGCCAAAAGAGCCUCACAGCCUCAGGACAACACACUGCAGCUGGACUUAACUGCUUUCAACAGAACUUUCCGUCUGCAUCUGAAACACGAUGCAGCAGCAUUUUCCGAAAACUUCACGGUGGUCAGUGAGAAUGGUUCCAUGUCAGCUGACCUCUCCCACAUAUAUUCAGGAACACUAGAGGGUGAAUAUAAUUCAGCCUGCCAUGGCUCGGUCAUACAGGGUCAGUUCGAGGGAACCAUCCAUACAGACAACGGGACCUAUCACAUAGAGCCAGUACAUAGAUACACCAGCAACCAAACAGAUCACCACUCUAUAAUCUACCAUGAGGAUGACAUGGUCUUCCCGUCCAUAAGACCUGCCUCUGAUGGAUUCUGUGCUGCAGAACAUCUAAACCUCCUCCCCCAAAGCCUCAGCUCCGAUGAGGAGGCACCAGUGAGCCGGGUGAGGAGAACACUGGAUGAGUCAAAGACCAGCUGCCUGCUCCACCUCCAUGCUGACCACUACUACUGCCAGAAGUUCAAGUCAGUCGAGGCUGUUGUGAGUCAGGUUUCCUCCUACAUGCGAGCAGUAAACGACAUCUACGACAAGGUGGACUUCGAUGGAAUCAAGCUGAUCAACUUCAAAGUGAAAACCCUCUUUGUGAUGACAGAUGAGAAAAAAAACGAUCUUCUGAGCCCUCUGUACAUCGGGCCGGAGAAACUGUUGAGGCUGUUUGCUGAGAGCAAUUGGAACGACUACUGUUUGGCCUAUGUGCUCACUAACAGAGACUACAGCGGAACACUGGGACUCGCCUUCGAGGGCAAGCCUGGUAACGCAGGAGGAAUAUGUUCAAAGCAGAUCAGAUCUCUUAAGGGCGAAAACAUCAGCCAGAACACAGGUUUGGUCACAAUUCAGAACUACGGACAGUUCCUGCCUCCUCGACAGGUCCAGCUGACCUUCGCUCAUGAGCUCGGCCACAGCCUGGGAUCUCCGCACGACGACGGCUCGAACUGCGGAAACCUCGGCUCCAGGGGCGGUAAAGGCAGGUACCUGAUGUACCCUGAAGCCACAAGCGAGGUGCGUGAAAACAAUGACAAGAUCUCACCCUGCAGCAUCAGACACAUCAGCAAGAUCCUGAAGGUGAAGAAGGACGACUGCUUUGUGGUCAGUGAUCAGCCCAUUUGUGGAAACUUGAUUGUCGAGGACGGUGAGGAGUGUGACGUCGGUCACAACGACACAGACCCCUGCUGCUUCAGCGCCAAAGAGCAUGUAGGAGUCCAGUGUCACCUCAAGCCUGGUAAAGUGUGCAGUCCGAGUCAGGGCCUGUGCUGCGGUCAGGACUGUAAGUUUAAGCCAGUGGGUCAGGCCUGUGAUGAUGAGACUGACUGUCAGAAAGAAGUUGUGUGUUCGGGCCACUCCCCGUUCUGCCCUGAGCCAAGUGCCAAGGAAAACCUUACAGUCUGCAGUCAGGGCACGCGUGUGUGCCUGAACGGGGUCUGUACCGAGUCUGUGUGUCUGAAACACAGCCUUGAGCAGUGUGACUGUCCAGGAGACCUGAUGAAGGAGAAAUGCCAUGUGUGCUGCCAGCAGCUGGAUAAGCCCGAGACGUGUGCCAGCACCACGUCCUCCGUCCUGUCCCGCUUCUUCCAGAAGAAGGCGUUGCCGCUGGUUGCUGGGGCUCCGUGCUCAGGAAACCGGGGUUACUGCGACAAAUUCCAUGUGUGUCGUCUGCUGGAUGCCGACGGCCCCAUCGCAAGACUGAAAAACUCCCUUCUCAAUUUGGAUGACUUCGAUGACUUAGCGGAGUGGAUGAAGGCUCACUGGUGGGCCAUCCUGGUGGCGAUCCUGACUCUGUCUGCAGUGAUGGGCUGCACAGUCUGCCUCUGUGGCCGCAAGCUGUACACCAGUGAGUUUGAGUGACCCCUGACUUUUGAUCCCUGCCACCUCUGGGACGACAUCAUGACAACGCACACAUUUUACGAGGAUUCCUUCACCUGGGUUUUUUUGAAGUGUCACAGCCACAUUGCAGCAAUCCACUUUGUUGCUCAUCGUAAACUGUGUGAUCUGACUACAGGUGACCUGUGAAGAUGCUGAAACCUGCUCAACGCCUGUCACACUAUUCUGUUAACUGAUAUCUUUGUAAGUCAUGAUGCAUGUGCCACUUUCUUUUCCUUGUGCCACUUGUCUGUUCACAUUUCAACAAGCAUUGAGAGUCUCCUGUGAUGCAUGUGUGUGUCAGUCAACCCAUGGAUGGAUUACUGAGCUGACCUACCUGGCACAGGCCCCGGGGCCCAAAGUGUCAGGGCCUUCCUUGGGCUUUACCUGUAAAAUGCCACUUGAGGAGACACAUACCAACCAUGAGGAGACUCAAAAUGAUGACAAAGAGACAUAGAAAGACCACAAAGAGAUGUGAAACAGCUGCAGAGAGAAUCAAAACGACAACAGAGCAACACAAAAUGACCACGAGGAUAUACCAAAUGACUACAGAGAUGCAAAACAACUACAAAAAGACUCAAAUUGACCACAAAGCGAAAAAGAGAUGCACAACAAUUACAAUGAGAUGCAAAACAACUGUAACGUCUGUGUGUCUUGCUCAUGUGUAGGAGACAUGGUUGGGCCUUCUGCACCUCCGGGCCCAUUGUUUCAUAAUCUCCCUAUGAGUCAUCUCCCCUUAAACGCUACAUAGCAUCAUACACCUGCCCCUGUGAAGACUGAUGGGACUCUCCCUUGUUUUGCCCUGCAGCAUCCUCACUUCUGUGUUCGAACUUGAUCGCUAAUUUUAGCCUUAAAGGAAUAUUCCACCCACAAAAUGACCAUUUAUAAAUCAGUUCCUCGUGCUGUGUGACCUUGGAAUUUGUGAAGAAAACUUUUUUUCUGUAAGCUUCCACAGAAAAUAGAGAACAUAUGAUUGCUUGGAAAUCGCAUUUAAGUACAGCAAAACUAUGUCACCACAUCUGUUUACAAACUCUCACACAACUUGUGCAGCAAAAUUCUUGUCUUAUUUUCUAGUCGUAUGCUCAGCUUCCCAAACACAUGCAUUUUUGCUGAAAAACUUUAGUAUUGUAGUCAUAGAUACGUUUCAGUUUCAGUUCAGUUUUCAGCUGUAAGUUGUGGCAAAAAUGUACAUUUGGGGAGUAAUGAGCGUACAUUGUGUUUUGAGAGAGUUUGAUGUUUUCAUGUAGUUUUGUCGUUUAAUCAACCCGGCCUCACUCCAAAGACAUCGAAAUCUGGCAUUUGGGCCUCAAAAAGCCGUCCUCUAACGUCAGCAUGACAGGCCUCCGGGUGCCGGCAUCAGGGCGAAACGCAGCAGGACAGGAAUGGAAGUUAAGGCAGUGAGACACCAACAGCCACCGACUUUCACCCAGGAGAGCAGUGUUUGUGUCCAAGAUUAUAAAGCCAAACCCUGCACUGUUUUCCUAAACCUAACCAUGUGUGUUAGUUGUUGCAGAGAAAAAAACAUCAAUUCCCGUUGUUGUACUGAUGUGGUGCUUUUUUUUUAAACCAGUUUUCUUUCUUUACUAAUUUCUUGCUAAUGGGUCAUUUCCCCUUUCGUUGCUCAUUGUCUUUGUCCCAUGUUUUUAAAAAAAGAAACAAAGCCAAUUUGCUCAGGUUUCAAAGGGUUUAAAGAUUUAAUUGCAGAGCCUGAAUUUAGUUAUUCUUAGAUUGUUGUCUUGGUACUCUUACUCAGGUUAAGGUUCUGAAUACUUCUUUCACCACUAAUGAUUUAUAUGUUUACUUAAAGCUGGCUUCAAGCAUCCUAAUGGAGUCUAUCUCUCAGGUCACCUUGACACAGUCGGCCAAACACAUGGCGUCACACCAUCAA